AUUAUAAAAUAGACGGUGCAUUUAUUUUGUAUUUGAAUGAUAUGUUAAACUAGCUAAAGUUGUUACAAUUAAAAUACGUGAAGAAUAUAAGAAAAAACGUGUAUUUUAAACGUAAUAAUCGAACGUUUUCGAGGCGUACAGUUGUGGCUAGCUAGUUCUAGCUACAGACAUUGGUAUUGAUAUAAACGAUAGCUAGCUUAUUAUGCAUACAUAUACCAAAAACAAUCUUGUUUUUAUAAAUAAUGUAAUUACAUUUUGAAAUGUAGUGAAAUAGCUGUUAAUGUAUUGUCGCUUUCGUUCAGUCGACGUCUCUUUGGCCUGUUCAAACUCAGGUUAGCCUGUUAGCUGCUAUGUCAUGCUUUCUAAAACUAGGCUUCGGUGAGGAUAGUUUCUAAGGAUUACCGAGCAUUUGCGUUUGAGGAUUUAGUUAACUUGCGCUAAAACAAGCUUUUAGUCAUAAAUAACCAAUGGCUUCGUCUAGUUUCUGGUUGGUUGGCCUUUCAAUACGCCCACAAAGAGAUACACAUGGGUGUAAUCAACCUGUGCAUGUCUCUUAUACGCUAAGAGUACAGUAGAUUAAAUCAUGCAUUAAAGUGAUCGGAUUUGAUCCUGAUAUCAUGCGUACACCGGCUGAACGCAUCGCUUGCGAUCUCCGAUGGGCGCGUGUGUGCUGAAUGUGAGGAAAUGUCUGGACUGGGGCAGGAAAAACAGCCCUGCAGUAUUUGGGCAUGGUCGCUAUCCGAUUGACCUGACAACAGUUUCAUGAGUGGCUGUAUUUUCGAAAUGGGGAAAAAUAUCUUGGGCGUUUAGACGUGGGAGAAUUAGGCGCUUGCGUGGUUUUACUUCGCGUUUACAGUCUUGUCGCUGGUUUUGUAAACCUGGCCUAAAUAUACCAGUUUGUGAUGAUACUGGUGGUCAUUUUACAGACAUGUUACGAACUGAAUGUUUACCAAGCUUCAGGUCCUGGAGGCUUCUGAAUGCAGUUUGACAGUUCAGUGUGUUUGAGACAUGGCAGAAGAUCAGUUAAAGGCAGAUUCCUCGGCUGGGGAGGGAGAGACGGAGCCCAAUACACUGCUGCAGAAGCUCAAGAGCAACAUUUCUAAAAAUGUGCAGGGGAAAGUGGACAAAAUUUUGGAAGAUGUACAGCGUUUUUCUGACAACGAUAAGCUCUACCUUUAUCUACAGCUACCCUCAGGUCCAAGUGCAGGAGAAAAGAGUGGUGAUUCAAACUCGGUCAACACAGCAGACCAACUUCACACCUGCAACUGGAUCCGUAGCCAUUUGGAAGAACAUCCUGACACCUGCCUGCCUAAACAAGAUGUUUACGAGACAUACCGGAAGCACUGUGACAACCUACAGCAUCGGCCUCUGAGUGCAGCGAAUUUUGGCAAAAUCAUACGAGACAUCUUCCCUAACAUAAAAGCACGAAGACUGGGUGGUAGAGGACAGUCCAAAUACUGCUAUAGCGGGAUACGUCGAAAAACUGUGCUCAACAUGCCAUUACUACCCAACCUGGACCUCAAAAAUGACCCGUCUGAACUGACAGAACUGGUGCAAACCUACAAGCAAGAGGUGACCGAAGCAGCCUGCGAGCUCAUUUGUGAUUGGGCGCAGAAGAUCCUGAAGCGCUCUUUCGACACGGUGGUAGAAAUCGCACGAUUCCUCGUGCAAGAGCACAUCGUCAACCCCCGCUGCAGCCAAGCUGAGCUCGUCACCUCAGCUGCACUGGCGGGUGGACCCUCGAAACCUCAUAAGGUCAUCAAAAAGAUUCCUGCAGCUUCCCGAGCAGGUGGAGCAGAGGAAGAUGGCGGCAGUGUGGAAAAUAAGCAAAAAGAGAAAGACGGUGUGGAGCAGCCGCCAUCCAAUAAGCAGCAAGUCAGUGAAAAACCACCCAACAAGGUGGAGUCGGCUCGAGUGGAGGCCUACAUGAAGAAACUGCCCCAGCUUCUUCCCAGAGGCACCGUCCCAGAGAAAACCUCCCCACCGUGUCUCGCGCCAGCCGAUUCGGGCAGCGUUCAAGUCACUUUGCCCAUAACCGUAACUACAAUACCCUCACAGCCAGGCGGAACCGUCCCAGUUAUGAUUCUCCCCUCGGGCGUAAGUCUGUCCUACCCCGAACGUGAGAAAACAUCAGUCACGGUCGCCACUUCUGCAGCCCCGACUCCGGUGGUUCAAAGAGCGCGACCGGCGGCUCCUAAAAGGGCACCUGACCCCUCCACCUCAGUGUCAGCCUCUGGUGUUGUUCUGAAACGCAAAAGAGGACGACCCAGAAAACAAAGACCGGAAGAUCUAUUAUCACAUCUACAGUCGCCUUCAAUCCCAACCCCCAAUCCAGCUUUGCUCACAAGAGGCGUGAUUCAAAAGGCCAUGCCCUCCUGCCCUCCUGCCGCUCCUUCACAGCUCGUCGAAAUAGUCAUCCAGGACCAGCAGAGUCUGAUGCUCAGCCAACUUCCAACCAUCCAGGAGGUGUCAGACGUGGAGCAUCGAAGCGUAGUGGUGCAGUGUCACCCUGCCCCAGAAGCGGAGAAGCAGCAGUCCGUCCUGCUAAUGCAAGGGCCAAACCAACUCAAUUACGAGCAGGGCCGGAGGAUGGUCAUCCAGCGCGCGCCACUCUCCAGUGAAGGAAGGCCUGCUCCUAUUGAAGUGCCGCAGUCUGCAAUCACGUACCUCCCGCCGGCAACAUUACUAGAAGACCGAGGAGAAGUCGAAAUCACUCUGACUCCUGUGGAGCCACACGACGAUUCCAUGCUCCUAAAAAACUCUAAACCAGAGGACCCCUAACCGCAGUACACGAGCCGAGCAUCUCCGAGAUCUCAGCGGGAAUGCCUUUUCAGUGCUUCUGUGAAUGGCACACUAGCUUGUCGUCAAACUGAGGCAUGUACCAUCUUGGCUGAGCUUGGGUAUGUAUGCUUUCAGUGUAAAAAUGAUGUAUAGAAGUACAACCUUUCAUCGUUGCCUUCAAACAGCAACUACACUCAUAUUUUCAUGAACAUACAGCGUACGUGAAUUCCUGAAGAUUUCAAGAGUGCUUUUAAAGAGAUUAUCCAGUUUAAGUGACCUAAGCCUAAUGUUUUGACUGUUUUGAUGAGAAUUUCAGUACAACGAACAGAUAUACUCGUAAACAACAGUCCAAUCUGGUCUAGCUCAGUUAUAAACAUCUUUAAAAAAAAGAUUAUUGGUCAUUAGAGUUAGAAGAACUGCGUUUGUCACCAUGUUUAGUGCCAUAAAAGGGCAGUCGAUCUUUUAUUGCGCUGACCGUCUUUGCAUGAUUGUGUUUGUAAACACGAAUCGAGACUUUUGAGUGUGUUUUCUAGCUGUUCAGAUGACAAAGAGUGGUAUUACGGGUUUGCAACUUCGGGGUUCUGAAGUCCCUUUUUCACCCAAUGGUCGGGUUAAUAGUCGUGCGGUCAGUUUUUUUUUUACGUUGCAAAUGGAUACAGAUAAACAAAGCGUAGAAAUUAUUACAUCCGGUUGCUGUUGCAAAGGUUGAGAAGACACUACUGGCUCGGAUUGUGCACAAUGUAGGUGGAUGGAAAAACAAAGACCUCUUAAGUCCCUUUAAAUAUGCAAAUGAGGCUAUGAUUUCGGGAUUUCUCUCUAAGAGCCCCUCCCUGCAUUCAGGUCUGUCCAGUCAUUCUCUUACAACAAGUUUAGCACUUAAGAGAUGUAUAUAAUUUAUCUGUGAGCCCAGAGGAAUAUCUUCGAACAUACCAGAACUAAUUUUAUUUUGCAAGUGUAUAGCCGUCGUCACUAUAUUGCAACUAUGAAAAUAUAAUACUUAUUAUUAGUUACUAGUAAAGUGUGCGCUGUCACCCUAAAAGCAUGUACAAAAACUAAAUUAGAGGUUGAGAUGUUAAAUUGCUGAAAUCUGAUUAUAUUAUUUAAAUUCAAACGAAAUAUUUACUAAUUAUUUAUUUAUGCAAAUUUUACAAAGCUUGAGCCACAACAGCCUGUUGUUGUGUUGUUAUCUUGCCUUUAUGGACAGCUUUUCCGUUUUAUAGCCUUGAAAUGCUACACUGAAAUACUAGAAUUGUUCUAGUAGUUUGAGUUUCUGAUAUUACACUUGAUCUUAGCCCCAAAUAUUGUAGCUUUACAAUUUGUAUAAUUAUGAUUUUUAUUUAAAAUCAAUUAAAGAGUGAAUAAAGACUUGUAGCAGCUUUAUUGAAUAUUAUUUGAUUGGCUUUUGAAAGGCUAAUAAAACAAACUUCAAGAUUUCAGCUCAACAAAAAGGCCGUUGAUGGUUUAACGAGGUUUAUUAGGCUCUUAAUUAGCCACUCCAAUGAUUAUGUAUGAAGAGAUUUGGAGUCAGAUGCUGUUAUUUAUUCAGAUGUUGUAGUAAUAUAUGUGAGAUGGGAAAGGAGUAGACUAGUGAUAGUUUUACUAUGGAGUUAUGGUGCUUUAAAAAAGCGAAACGGGUUUAACUAACAACACAAAUGAUUGUGAAUUCACAUCGCAGCGAUUUCACCAAUCAGCAGUUUGACUGCACCCAAUGUCCGCUGCUAACUGGUGCUGAUUCUGGGUAGAUUUACUACGGUACAAUGGUUGUGAAAUGGCAACUGGCUGUCAGACAGCCUGCUAGCUUUGGUUAGCAUAAAAUAUAUUUAGGCUUGUGAAAUAACGUGUUAUAUAUGUCAUGUUUAAUUUUGAAUAAACACGGCUGCUCGAUUUACUCAAUGUAAGACAAGUUACCAAAUUUGAUGAAAUAAUUUCAUAUAACAACAGGAGCUUUCAUUUUGUAUAUUGUCAAAUUGGUAGGGCCUGUUAUGGAAGCUUGUUUUUGACCACAGAACACACUUUUUUAUUAUUAUUAAUAAUAAUUCCUUACAUUUAUAUAGCGCUUUGAGACACUGAAAGCGCUUCACACAUUGGGGGGAAUCUCCUCAUCCACCACCAGUGUGCAGCAUCCACCUGGAUGAGAUGACGGCAGCCAUAUUGCGCCCGACCGCACACCAGCUGAUUGGUGGAGAGGAGCCAAUUAUGAUAUGGGGAUUGUUAGGAGGCCAUGAUGGACAGAGGCCAGUAGAUACAUUUGGACAGGAUGGUGGGGUUAAACCCCUAGUCUUUUGCGAAGAACAUCCUGGCAUUUUUAAAAACCACAGAGAGUCAGAACGUUGAGCGCCCUCUGCUGGUCUUAGUAACACCACUUCCGGAUGCAACCUAGCAUUCCCAUGUGGUUUCCUAUCCAGGUACUCAGCGGGCACAGCCCUGCAUAGCUUCAGUGGGCGACCAUGUGAGAGUUGCAGAGAGCUAGCUGCCGGUCGAUUUUUAAAUGGUAAUCGUGGCUUUUUAUCACACAAUUUAGACUUUUCUAAAUGUAAUGUGUAUACAUUACAUUUAGAAUUGGAUAAAAGCACCAUAUACAUUUGCUAUUAAUAAAAUCACAGUUCUAAAACUCAAAGUUCUGAGAGGAACAAAUAAGUGAUAAUUAUGUUUUCAUAAUUGUGUGAUAAUUUUUUUUUUUUUUGAAAAAGCCAAAAAUACAGCCAAAAAUGUAUAUUGUCAGAAUUACAAGAUGAUAACUUGUGUUUUUGUGAAAAAAGCUUGAAUUGUCAUAUAUAAACUUAAAUUUGUAAAAGGCAAACUUUAAAAACGUAUUUAAAAAUCGCAAUUGCAAUAAGGUCACAAUUUUGACAGUAAUUAUAAGAUAAAAAUCGGAAUUUAUAGGUAAAAAAUGAGGUACGAUUUCAUAUAAACCGAGUUUAUAUUUCCAAUUCUGUUUUUUUUUUCAGACUUGUGAGUUUAUCUUGCAAUUCAGAUUUGUUUUUGCUGUUGUCCAAAUUGUCAAAGAAAAAAAUACAAUGUUUAAUUCCAUAUUUGUUUUCCUGUGUGGAAAUGGGCUUCCAUACCCAGUACCUUUUUUUUUAACAUUUGUGCUUUAUUAUUUUUAUCAUAAGUAAUCAUUGUUAAAGAUAUAGUUCACCCAAAAAAGGUAAAAUAUGUGCUGAAAAUUUGCAUUCCAAGAUGUAUAUCAGAUAGCCAGAUACUCUGCAGUCAGAAUAAAAAAAAACAACACAAUAAUCCAAAAGCAACUCAGAGAAACAAAGCCAUCGUAAUUCAUUUUAACCUAAAACCUUUGCUUCUGGCCAUCCAUAACAGUCCAUAAUCCAUAACUCCUCAUUCAAUCUCCUGUUGUCCUCUUCACGUCACAAUCCACAGAUAAAUUCAGAGCAGUUUUGGUGCUUUAUCUGUUAAUAUUUCUCUUCUGAUUUAGACUAAAUAAAGCAGUGUUUGGGAUAUUUUAGCCUGAAGUUUAAAGCCGUCAAAAACGCAGCAUUUCAAUGCGGAAAACAUCAAUUUAAUAGUCUAGAGUCUUGUGGAUUUUUGCAAAAAUUAAUUCCGUUAUGAUGCUAAUGCCAAAUUUGCUUAGGUCUGUUCCAUUAGAGAAACAAACGCACAUCUUGAGUGGACAAAUAUAAUUUUUUUUGGUGAACUACAUCUUUAAAGUCAGUGUACAGUUCUAAUACUCUGCCUCAUUUGCUCUUCGGAGAUUUGAAUACUAAAAUAUGAAUAUCCUGACAACAGCAGUUCUAAAUCCUGCAUAAUAGCAAAACACUGACAAAAAGCAGAAAUAAAAGUCAUUCACUUCAUUAAACAAUGAAAAAAGACUAAACAAUGGGACUUUAGAGUAAUAUAUUUCUGAAAGAUCGCAUAAUAAUCGAGGAAUGAGUGCAAGUAAUCACAUUUGAAGUAGCGAAGAGCUUUUUAUACCAGAGAGGUGAUCGAAUACAUGCGAAAACUUUUGGGAAUACUCGUAUCCGUUGACAGAUGAUCUUGUUUCCUGAUACCGUGUCACACGCCACAGAAAUGUAACAUGUUCAGUACAACAUAGUGCCUCAUACAAACCACUGUGCUCUGUAAAUAUCCAUUUUCUUUCAUUAUUUAUGAGGUUGUGAUUUCGCUCUGAAGCACCGAGUGGAUUGUUUGCUUUCAAGGCUCUUAAAACUGUUGCCCUCAAAACACAAACUAAAAAAAAAGAGAAAAGGAAAACCAAAAUGACAAGGUGUGGCGAUUGUGUGUUGUAAUUACCCAUCAGUGUUGGUAAUUCUUACGUUUCAUUGUGACGAACUCAAAGGAAACGUGUUUAGCACAUUAACUUUUCACCGAGUCAUGUAGAGUUGUUCAGUAGUCGCGUUUUUUUUCUCGGUUGUGCGUGUCGGUAGUAUGCCAUUUUUUCCGAUCCCAAUUGACAUCUAACAUGUCUGACGUUUCGAUCUUUUUUUUUGUUAGUCGGUCCAUGCAUGGUUUGUGUAUUGAAUUUUAGGUUUGUUUCCAAAGGAUCCGAUAUAUUCGUUUGGAGUUGCGCAGUUUCUUUUGACAGCAUUUGAACCCUGGUGUUUGUCUUGCACUUUAUUUUCUCAACGGAAAGCACACAGGGGGAGAACAAGACGAAAUGCAGCACCUUGUAUGUUAUUCGUUUUUUUGUACUUAUAAAGUCCGCUCUUUGAAAACGUUUCCUUUUUUUGUAUUUCAUGUGUGUUUUUUCCAUGUUUAAACUGUACAAUUAGACAUCUUCCAUAUAUAUAAAUAUAUUAAAAAAAUUAAAUUAUCUCUGACUGUGAGCACAUUUUCAUAAAUCAGCACUAAUAAACAAUACAUAUGAUGUGUUUCUUUA